CGAGAGCUUCUUGAACCCAACUAUCGGUACCCAACACGGCCACCUGCAGACUGCAGCUGCUUUGCCGAUCGAGCGCCACUACCCGUCCACUGGGAGAACCAGCACAGCUGACAUGGGCCUGUUUUCGAGGAGGGACCGGGUGCCGAAAGCGGCGGCCGAACCCCAGCCUGAACUUCCAAGCUCGCAAUCAAAAACAUCUCUCGGAUCGGGCUCCUCUAGCAUUAUCACUCCCAUUAACACAACCUCCCGCGUCAUGAACCGCACAUCGGCUGGGACCACGAGCACCGGCGGCCCCGGCACCCCGCUCACUCCCUUCUCUCCCGGCCCAACGCCCGGAGCUGGUGUCGGAAUGCUCAGGUCACCAGACCCGCAGCUUGACCCCGCCGGCUAUCUGCGCAGCUUGGGCGCCGUCCGCGAACGAUGCAAGAUCGUGACGGCGAAAGCGUGCAAGAAUGAGUUGCUGCAUUUCAAUGUUGACAUGCAAAAAUUCCCGGAUGUUGUAUCGUUCGUUGCCAAUAUCAUCAAGCGAGAUUACGAUGCGCCAUUCACAAACAUCCCUGGGCAUGGCCGGUAUCAGCAUUUCGGUGUCGGCGGGCGCGACAGGAUCGCUCAUCUCUUGGCGACUUGGGCGGAGGAGGUCGACAAUACGGAGAAGUGCAAGCGCCUGAUAGACCUCUUCCUGGUUAGCGUGCUGCUGGAUGCUGGCGCUGGCACGCAAUGGAGCUACAAGAGCUCCGAGAAUGGGCGAGUCUACAGACGCUCUGAAGGCAUCGCCAUUGCGACUCUAGAAAUGUUCAAGACGGGACUCUUCUCUGGCAACAGCAGCAACAAGUACCAGGUCGACAAGGAGGGUUUGCGACAAUUGACCGUGGAGAGACUUGCCCAGGGCUUACAGUCGAAACCUGGGAACGAGAUGGCCGGCCUUGAAGGCCGGGCCCAGCUCUUGAUCCGCCUUGGGGUGGCAUUGGAGAACAAGGAAUUCUUCGGCGAGGAUGGCCGACCAGGCAAUAUGCUUGAUUACAUUCUCUCCCACCCGGCAACCCAGGCCUCUAGUGUAAUCACCGUCCCGAUGCCGGUACUCUGGAAUGUUCUUAUGAACGGUCUCGACCCGGUCUGGCCUCCAUCCCGAACAGCAAUCAACGGUGUCCCGCUCGGCGACGCUUGGCCUUGCAACUCGAUGCCGCAGCCCGCACAGUCGCCAAGCAGCCCGACAUUUUCGCCCUUUCCCAACACAACAGGCCAGUCCAAUGGCGUCGCGCCGUGGGAAUGCAUUCUUCCCUUCCAUAAGCUCACACAAUGGCUCACAUACUCGCUCAUGCAACCCAUGCAGAGUAUUAUGAAAAUCCAGUUUGCUGGCCAGGAGCUGCUUACCGGUUUACCAGAGUACCGGAACGGCGGCCUGUUUGUCGACCUCGGUGUCUUGACCCUCAAGCCUGAGGACCAAGAGCGCGGUCUCCAGCACUACGCGGAGUACUGCCAGCGUACUGGAACCAAAGAGGUCGAGGUAGCACCCAUGUUCGAGCCUGGCGACGAUGUCAUUGUCGAAUGGCGCGGAGUCACAGUGGGAUUCCUCGACAUGUUGACCGCCGAGGUCAACAAGGCGUUGAAGAACGAGCUGGCCGGGAACGAGUUGACUUUAGCGCAGGUAUUGGAGGCAGGGAGCUGGAAGGGAGGAAGAGAGAUUGCCGAAGUCAGCCGGCCGAACACCAAGGAACCGCCCAUUCUCAUUGACAGUGACGGGACGGUGUUUUAGAAGAUUCAAAAUUCGAGG